CCCCCCGAUGAGGAGGCUCGGGACCCAGGUGGGGCGGCUUGUGCCACCGACCUGGGCCCGCAAGCAAUUAGGCCCCUCGCUGCGCGGAUUGAGGAGGGCGGAGGAGGAGGAGGCGGAGGAGGAGGAGGCGGAGGAGGAAGAGGAGCAGGAGGAGCACAGGACAGCGAGGGGCGUCAGACCUAACCUGCGUAUAUACAGUUCAGUCGCAGUGCCAUCGGCUCGGGGGAAAAAAGAGCACUUAAGUCAAUCGCUCUCCAGUCAAAGCCCUACUUUGGCACAGGAUGAGGAUGAGGACGAUAAGGACGACGAGCAGAGCGGCACGGAGAGGCUGGAGAAGCAGGAGGGACCGACUACAGUAUGCACGACCAUGCGGCGGGAGCCGCGCACGAGCCAACGAGGUGCCCUCGCUGCACGGCCAGUCUAGGUCGAAAGAGCAGGAUGCCUGCGAGAGAAGAUCGGGGGCAUGGCGAGGGGGUUCGUGCGAGAAAGAUGCCGUGAUGCGGCUGGCUCAGGAUGCGUCCUGGGAUUUCCAGAGCUUCCAGC